GAUUAUUUUUUAAAGCAGGUUUAUAUUGAUUUGAAAUGUUAUCACGAGUUCAUUCUUUAUAACAAGUGAAGCUAGCAAUUUUUCUUCACAUACUGUUGUUGUUGAGACGUCGUGGCGAAAUAUGGCUAUCAAUUUACCAAAUAUUGAAGAAGACAAUGAACUGUUUGAGCAGCUUUAUUCUCUUUUGCCCAAUGGCCCUAAUAAAACACAAUUAGAACCAAAAUCUAAACAGACCAAAGCAAAAGGUCCAGUAAUUGAUUCAAAUGAUUCAAAAGAAACUGAAGACAAUGCCAUUCAAUUAGAAAUCAAACUUCAGAACAAGAUUGAAUCCUUGCAGUCCAAACGUAAAUUACUUGAAAGAGGUGUUGUUUUGGAAAGACGGCGUAUAAAGAAACAAGAAAAGAAACUUCAAAAGAAGAAAAAGUCUCUCUCUGCAAAGACAGAGAAUCCAACUAAAAAGGAAAACAAGAAAUUGGAAAAAGAUGUUCCACAAGUAAACCAGGAAGAGAAGUUUUUAUACGGAUCUCUUGAAAUUGGUGACUCUAAUAAAAAAAAACGCAAAACUAUAACAGGACUUCAUGGUAAGAAUUACAAACAGCUUCUAGCUAAAGUAGAGAAAUCUGAGAAGAAAUUGAAAGAGCUGGCAAUAACAGAUUCUGAAGCUGCUGACAAGUUGAGAUCAGAUGCUAAAAUGAAGGCUGCACUGGACAAGGCAAUGGGGAAAAAAAUCAAGGAUAAUCCCCAGCUUUUAAAAAAAGCUCUGAAGAGAAAAGAGAAAUUAAAAAUGAAACGCAAGAAGGCAUGGGAAGAACGUGAAGAUAAUGUGAAGAAGAAGCAGGAUGCAAAACAGGCAAAACGUGUCAGAAAUAUUGAGAAAAGAAAAGACAAAGUAAAAACAUCAAAAUCAAAGAAAUCUAUUAAAAGAGGAAAGAUUACGCCUGGAAUGUUGUAAAAAUAAAAAAUAUGUAUCAUUUAUUUUUAA